UUAAGGUGAGCUGAGGCAGCCACAACUGGUACUCAGCCUCCCUACCACCCGGCAAGGCACUAUGGCAAAGGAAGUUCAGGUCCUGCUGUCCCCGCUGAAAGGGCGGCACCCUCCAGCAGUGAAAGCGGGAGGAAUGAGAAUUUCCAAAAAACAAGAAAUGGGCGUUUUGGAAAGACACACCAAAAAAACAGGAUUGGAGAAAACAAGCGCCAUCACAAAUGUCACCAAGAUGCAGAUGUUGGAAUCUCUGAACGACACGCUGGACAAGCUCAACCAUAAAUUUCCAGGAACGGUUCACAUGGCACGUCAGAAACCCACACCUGCUCUGGAGAAGGCUGCUCCACUGAAGAGGAUCUACAUUAUCCAGCAGCCUCGGAAAUACUAGGACAGGAUGUAAAACACAGGCAGCUGAUCAGUUCUCCCGCGAUCUGACAGCUCAGCAAAGAUGGCCAACACUUCCUGUGGGCCUGAUGAUGCCCUUGUUUGAUAAAUAAACCAAAUUUUGUACCUUUACUUUUCACUUUAGAUAAUAAAGUUUCCAAAAUUACAAAUCCAA